UCCUGCGUUACUUCCAUACUGGCGCAGAUGUUUGUUGAAUUAUCGAACAAUUUGUUUCUUCGUGUAUUGUAAAGAAAACUAUUUGCUCAAAAUUGGUAUGUAUAUUUCGGAGCGUUUUCUAUGCAAUUUUUGCGCAGAGAAGAGAAUGGACUUAGGGGGGGGGGGGGCUGUGCACGGAAUUACAACAAAUCUCCGAAACGGUCCUGGGAAUGUAAUUAUACGCAAACUGUGCGCAGAAUUGAAAGAGGUUCCAAUUUGUCGAAGUUAAUUGCCUUUUUGUAUUUUUAGGAGGCGGAUUCAUCCGAAAUUCUUAUAGAAUUAUUAUUUAGAAGAGAAACGCUUAGCUUCUAUAAAUAUGGUACAAUCAUAGGAAAUUGUAUUAAUGGUCUUCUCUCAAGUGAUACAUAUUAAAAAUAACCGGUGAGGGUAAAAGUCAGCGAUGCAUGCCAUUCUAGAGCUAGUAUUGUUUAAUUCAUUCAGAUCUCGAUGUGAAUGACCUCUCCGUGAUACAGGUGCCAGCAUUACAGCUCAUAUUGUGCACGUUUUUGCAAUGAUAAACGACAUACGGGUUUCGCAAUGCGUUAUGCACCCACUCGAGUAUAUAAGAACAUGUCCGUCAUUCUUGCGCGUACUUGAACUUGAAAUCUAACGACCAUAAUAUGGCCUUCGUGUUAAAAACAAUAUUGCUGGCUUCGCUGGGUGCAGCAGCCAGGUGGGACACCGGGGACACGGAAAUCGUUUUGCUACCAUUAUGGAACACGGAGGACAGCGCGGAGGUACCGCUAAGUUUUAAGGCUUUCGAUCGAUCCGUUAACUUGAGACUACGUAGAAACGAUAGAAUCGUGACGCCGAAUUUUCGUGUUUGGAAGCACAACGAAGACGACGACCUAGAAGAGUUGCAGGAUCUGAGGGAGCCGUCUUCUUGUCAUUAUUUGCACCGGAACGACUAUAGUUCGGCAGCCAUUAGUCUCUGUAAGGAACGCGGCAUGCACGGUCUGGUCUUCCUGGACAAUAUCACCUUCGAAAUAACACCGUUGCAAACCGAGGAUAUUUCCUUUUUCAACGAUCAUCGUAUCAAACAACGUUCGGAGUCACUCGGAGAGCCGCAUAUCGUUAAAAGGGCCCAAGCUCCGUUCAUCCUCUUCGAGGACGAACUCAAACAUUACAAGCGAAAUGGUUUCGAUAACAAUGUCCUCGACGAAGGAGAACCUAAAGAGAUCAGAAACAACAAUCUCGAAGAAGCUUUAACUUUGGAAUUGGCGGUCUUUUUUGACGAGCCUGGCUACAAGCUUUUCUCGCCCUUCUUCGACAGGAACGACGAGGACAUCCGGGACAUGAUGUUGGCUUACAUAAACGGUGUUCAAGCAGUCUACCAUCAUCCCAGUUUAGGAAUCUUAAUCGACAUCUCCCUCGUGAGGCUGGAGAUUAUGCAGAAGCAGCCCCGAGAUCUGCCCCAUUUCGACGGCGAGAGGGGUAGCUUGUUAGAUUCUUUCUGCAACUACGCCAUGAAGAAGAACCAGAAGGACGAAUACCAUCCCGAUCAUUGGGACAUGGGGCUCUAUGUCUCCGGACUGGAUUUCUACGCCGUAGAGGCUGGACAGAAGAACAGCGCUACCAUGGGUCUUGCAACGGUCGGCGGAGUGUGCAUCGAUCAGUAUUCUUGCGUUAUAGCUGAACUGGGUGUCACCAAUCAGUUCGGCAAGCCCUUUCCGUCCGCAGGAUUUACAUCCGUCUACAUUGCCGCGCACGAGAUCGGUCACAACCUAGGGAUGCACCACGAUUCGACAGGGAACGCCUGUCCCAAGGAUGGCUACAUAAUGUCGCCGAGCAGGGGCACCCACGGCGAGACGGUCUGGUCGAAAUGCAGCCGAGAAGUAGCCGAGAAGCUAACCUACACGAAGCCUUGCUUGAAAGAUAGACCCUACAAGCGGCCGAACGAUCGGCUGGACCAUGCGAGGUUCUUCGAUCUGCCUGGAAGAGUAUGGACGGCGAAGAAGCAGUGCGAGGUGCUGCUACGGGACAAGGAUGCCACGGUAGCAACCUUGUACAACGCUUGCGAGGCGUUGCAGUGCAAGACGCCCCAUAGAAGCGGCUACUACAUCGCCGGGCCAGCUUUGGAUGGGACUUACUGUGCGCCUGGAAAAGAAUGCCGGGGCGGCGAGUGUAAGAAUGCGUUGCAAAUCGUUUCAGGAACAGAUCCCUACGGGCCCCAGCUGCCCCAAGCGAGGCCCGUAGGAUGGAGCGAAUGGAUCCCGGGAGCCUGCAGCAGCGGCUGCCUAUUGAAGUCGAGUGGUGCCAGGAGCAGGCGUCGCUUCUGCAAUAGCCCGACACCGGAGAACGCGGAAACAGACUGUCAGGGGCCGCGGUACGAUGUCGUCCUCUGCAGGGACGACAAACUCUGUAGCAAGAAGAAGCGUAGGAGUAGCGUGGACUUCGCGACGCUUAGGUGCGCGGAGUUCAGCGAAAGUCUGCCAGAAUUGGACGGCAAGGGUGGCGGGCUGCAAGCACCGCACGAGCCCGAAAGGCCAUGGAUGGCCUGCGCUAUAUUCUGUCGGCGAAAAGACAUAGCAUCUUAUUACACGCCGCGUGUCGAAUUAAACGACCUUGGCCUUGACCCAUACUACCCGGAUGGUACAUGGUGCCACGCUGAGCAGGGACAAAAUUAUUUUUGUCGGCAGCAUCAUUGUUUGCCGGAGAACUUUCGUUUCGGUAAGACGACGCUGAAGGGCCGGCUGUGGGACGAUGCUCAGUUCGGGCCCCAGAACGCGCAUAAGGACGGGCUGCAUCUCGACGACCAGGUGAUCAAGUAUUUCAGCCUGGGGCCGGACGGCCGGCCACUCUUGACCUCUUUGUCUGGCGGUAUUGGAUUUCCGCCCGACGAGGACGAAUGGAUCGAUAAAGACUACGUCGAGUUGGCGAAUUCGCCGCUGGAGACUGACUUCGACCUGCAACACUUGAAGAAAUAACGACGAAGUUCUUUCUUAACAUGGGACUGAUCGGUUUGAUUUAAAGCGGUUCCUUUUUUAUUCUUGCACGUACGUAUAUUUAAGAAUCAACGAUCGUAACGGUAGAAUUAUUUGUUACGAAAUUCGAUUCGGAAUCAUUGAUCGCGCGAUUCGAGACCGUGUCAAAGGCUCGAUACACACACGCGUAUUUUUGACCUGUCCACCUACUCCCGCGUUCCGGUGUCCGAGUUAUUAUUAUCUAACCCCAACCGCCGUUCGAGCAUGCGGUGCAAGUAUGAUUACGCCGGGAAUUAUACGCUAAUCGUUUACGUGCGUAGCGCGCGCGCCAAGCGAAAAACGAGGGGGAAACGUGAGUUUAUAUAAAUACACGCGUGCACGUAUUUUGCAUCGGGAUCCUACCGUUUCACCCAUGCAGCUGUGUGUGAAAGUAUCUCGGGAGUUGGGAGAUAGGACGAUGACGUCACCCACUUCGGGGCCUAUUUUAAGAGUGUCCCGACGUUAUAUCCAGCGUAGGAGCGAGUAUCGAGAGACAAAAGGAUCAAAUAAAAAAAUACGGAACGUAUCUGUGGAUUUAA